UUUCGCCUGAGUACGGCCGAGUUAGACUUUAGCUCAUAAGCGAGCCAGCAUGGAAGGUGUUCCAAAAUUCUUUUGUGCGUUGUUUAUCCUUGGAUACUUCUAUAAAACUUGCAAUGGAUUAAGUUGUUACACCUGCACAGUAGAUUUCCGUUCUGAAGCAUUUUCUGUUAACAAUACUUGCAUUUUUCCAAAAGAUCAUGACGACCUCGCUCAUUGCAGUCACAACAGCAAAUUUUGUAAGGCUAUAGUCACCCGAGUGGGAGGCGUCUUCGUAAUGUUGCAGAGGAGCUGCUCAACGGAUUGUCUAGAUUCUUGUACGGAGAAAGGAUACGGGGUACGCAUCCAAGACUGCACCAUUUGCUGCACGAAAGAGAACGACUGCGGUGCCACGGCGCUUAUGAAGAAGAAAUGACUAGAGAAGAAAUUUAGCGAAUCCCCUUCACGAAACCGCGGACAGCAGCAUUUCACAAGUGCAUUAUUAUUAUUACUCGUGCUCAAAAUAUGUUUUUAAAUUCACACACAGCAUGGCAUAUAUCAAAGGACAGAAGAACUAUUUUGUACAUGAAAUUAUAAAUUCUAGACUAUAAGUCUGUUACUGUAUCACAUUUUAAAGUUGAAAGUUAAUCAAAAUUUUAAAAAAAAAAAAAAAUG